CGGCCCCGCCCCCUCCCCAUCGCCAGUCGAGGGUUGCAAGCCGUUGCGCAGCGCCUCUCCGCUUCUUCGCCUCGCGCUAUCUGAGCGCGGCGCCCUCUUCGCGUCCCCAUGGCGACCGGGCGGCCUUUCCAGGUGGUGGUGUUCGGGGCGUCGGGCUUCACGGGGCAGUACGUGGUCCAGGAGGUGGCGCGGGUGGCCGGCGAGGAUGAGCUGUGCGGCUCGCUGCGCUGGGCCGUGGCUGGCAGGAACCGAGAGAAGCUGCAGGCGGCGGUCGAUAAGGCGGCCGAGAAGCUGGGGAAGACAGAGCUGAAGUCAGAAGUUGGCAUAAUACUGUGUGAUGUCAGUGAUCCAUCCUCUCUUGCUAAUAUGGCUAAACAAGCUGCUAUUGUUCUGAACUGUGUAGGCCCAUACAGGUUUUUUGGUGAGCCUGUGGUGAAAGCUUGUGUUGAGAAUGGUGCAAGCUGUAUCGACAUCAGUGGAGAACCUCAGUUCCUGGAAGGAAUGUAUCUGAAUUACAAUGACAAAGCUGCAGAAAAAGGAGUAUAUAUUAUUGGAAGCUGUGGCUUUGACUCUAUCCCAGCAGAUAUGGGAGUAUUGUACACCAGAAACUCUUUGAAAGGUACACUAACUGCAGUUGAAAGUUUCCUGACUGUAAAAUCUGGACCAGAGGGUUCCUGCAUUCAUGAUGGGACCUGGAAAUCAGCUAUACAUGGCUUUGCAGAUCAAGACAGUCUGAAAAAAAUUCGAAGGCAAAUAGGACACAAACCCCUUCCAGUGACUGGAAGAAAGCUUAAGAGAAGAGGUGCAGUAUUCUACAGUAACGAACUUAAACAGUAUUCCAUUCCGUUCAUGGGAUCAGAUGUCUCUGUAGUAAAACGAACUCAGCGCUAUUUGCACACAGACCUGAAAGAAACACCUGUGCAAUAUGCUGCUUACGCGACUGUGGGUGGUCUUGGAUCUGUUAUUAAGCUAAUGUUUGCUGGCCUUUUAUUUCUAAUGCUUGUGAAAUUCAACUUUGGAAGAAAGCUCCUGCUAAAAUAUCCUGAAUUUUUUUCUGGGGGACAUUUCACAAAGGAAGGACCAACAGAAAAACAGAUGGAAGGGUCAUCCUUUGAAAUGACCUUUUUUGGUGAGGGAUACAGAACACAAGAAGAUUUACAACUGGGCAAACCAAAUGUUAAAAUCUGCACCCAAGUACAGGGACCAGAGGCUGGCUAUGUUGCUACACCUAUUGCAAUGGUUCAAGCAGCUGUGGUACUUCUGAAGGACAAGUCUUCUCUUCCUAAAAAGGGUGGUGUCUAUUCUCCUGGGGCUGCAUUCUCCAAUACAAAACUUAUUGACAGGCUCAAGCAGCAUGGAAUUGAGUUUUCUGUUAUUAGCCAGCCUGAAGUCUGAAACAAGAAAAAACAUCCUGAAGGCUGCAUGAUUAACAAUCUCCGUAUGGCACUUGUAUACCAAAAAGAUCAGCUACAAAUGGUUGCUACAUUUAAUAAAAUACUGACAUAAUCUUAUGUAAUGUGAAAACAUGUUUCAUAUUGUUGCUCGAAAUGGGAGUAAUACUGAACUUUUACUACUGGAAAUGAAUAGUGCUAAAUAGUGCUUUUUAGAAUCAAGGGCUUGACUGAACUAGCUGUGGUAACUAAAAAAACCAGUAAAACAUUACAACUACAGUAUUUUUAUUCAGAAUUGUUAAAGUUGACUUUACUAUAAAAUCUGUGCCUUAACCAAUUAACUCCCUAUGAAGAUCAGUAGUGAAAGUAAUGAAUAAGCAAAAGUGGCUUCAGUAAGUUUGAGUCAGUUGUGUGGGCAUUCCUUCAGACAGGUUUCCCCAGCCUGCUAUAC